AUGGCCGACGGUGGAGGUUGGAGUACUAUUGAGUCUGACGAGGGCGUAUUCACCUCGUUGAUCGAAAAUCUAGGCGUCAAGGGUGUUCAAUUCGAAGAACUCAUUUCCCUUGAUGCUGAUACGAUACGUUCACUAAACCCCGUCUACGGUGUCAUCUUCCUCUUCAAAUGGAUCGGCAGACAAUCACGCAACGCCAACACCCCCGAAGACGGAACCUACGACCAAACUGCCGCAUCAGAGCAGGGACUCUUCUUCGCCGCACAAACAAUCCAAAACGCAUGCGGAACACAAGCCAUUUUAUCCGUGAUACUAAACCAGGACAAACCAAACACAGCGGGAGGCGGCACUGCGUAUCCGAUCGAUAUCGGAUCAGAGCUAUCAUCAUUCAAGAGUUUCACGCAGGGAUUUCCGUCGGAUUUAUUAGGUGAAGCACUCUCGAACUCUGAAGUGAUUCGUACAGCGCACAAUGCUUUUGCGCGAGCAAGUCCGUUUGUAGAUGAAACGCAACGAACUGCUCAGGACGAUGAGGGGGAUGUCUACCAUUUCAUUGCUUAUACGCCUGUAAACGGGAAAUUAUACGAACUAGACGGUCUACAGCCGUACCCCAUCAACCACGGCGAGUGCGACACCGAAUCCUUCCCCGAAAAAGUAAUCGAAGUCCUCCAGCGCCGGAUUGCGCGAUAUCCAGCUGGUGAAGUACGAUUUAACCUGAUGGCCGCAGUACGAGAUCUAAGAAUUCGAGCGCAAGAAUUCGGGGAUACGGAAUUAUUGGAACGGGAGAAUGCGAAGAGGAGGGCAUGGGCGUGGGAGAAUACGUUGCGGCGCUCGAAUUUUGUUGGAUUUAUAGGUGAGGUAGCUAAGGGAGUGGUGGAGAAGAAGGUUAAGGAUGGGAAGUAUGAGGAGUGGAUUGAGGAGGCGAAGAAGGAGACGUUACGGAAGGCAGAGGCGAGGAGGAAGGGGUACUGA